AUGCAUAAUAAUUUCACCAAGACUCUUUCGGGAGGUCAACGAAAACGAGUCAAUGUCGCUUUGGAAGUCGUCGCUUGUCCGAAAGUUUUGCUUCUUGACGAGCCAACAUCUGGUUUGGACACUGUUUCUUGUGAUGAUCUCUUCGAUCUCUUGCAAUUGAUCAAGUUCAGUGAGGCUGGUCCGGUGACAAUCAUUACGGUCAUUCAUCAACCAAGUCACGAAUUAUUCGAGAAAAUCGACGAAAUCUUCUUCUUAACUCCAUUGUGUUGUCUAGCUUAUCAAGGUCCACGACCUCAUGCAAAGGAUUUUUUGAAACAGAAGAUCUUUUCUGAUCCUCAAUCGAUUCCUCCACCUCGACAUAAUGAUUGUGACACUUGCUUCAUUAUGCUAACCAAUGCAACAUGUCAUGUAGAUAAUCAUCAAAUAGAAGAUCGACAAACCAAUCAACCUCUCACGACAUAUUCUUGGAAACAACGAGCUUGGUACCCAUUCUACUACGUCUUACGGCGAUCAAUACGGCAGAAUUACGUUCGUGGGGUCAUUGCUGAAGCCGCCUAUAUGUUUGCUUAUUUCUUGUUGGGUACGUGUGUUGGCUUCUUAUUCGAAAACAAAUUUCAGGCGACAUGUGACAUGAGCAAGUUAACAACGAUCUAUUUUCUGAUUACUCUAUCGUUUGGUAUUCUCACUUGUAUAUCCAGUCAGAGACUCUUCGGUGUGGAAAUUACUGAUCAAACUUUUGAACGAGAAAGUCGCAAUUAUUAUCAUCCAUUCCAAUAUUGGCUGGCCAAGAGUCUGGUCGAUAUUUUUCGAAUGGUACUCUAUCCAUUGUUAUUUCUCAGUAUGCUCUAUAUUGAAAUUGUUCCUCGUGGCUCGUUUUCUUUCUACUUGGGUGUAAUGGUUCUUUGCUCGUUUGUAUGUUCGGGUAUCGGUCAAUUAGUAUCGGUGAUCUUCAAUCGAACGGAAUAUGCUUAUCUGGCCGGAACAAUCAUAGCUCUUCUAUCAUGUCUCCUCUCUGGAUUUAGUCCAACAAAACAGGACCUGAAUCAAGGUGGCUUCAUCGUCGUCCUUUCGUUUUCAAGGCAUGUGCAAAGUCUGUUAUUUCGACAUGAGUCGAAACUCUAUCUGGAAGGACUCGAAUCGAAGGAUCACAUCUGGGGAACAUCAGUGGAAGGCAUUUUUAAGAACUUUGAUUUUAACAACAGUGAGAAUCCCAAUUUCUGGAUGAUUUUCAUCGGAUUUCUUGUACGUGCCGUGACAUUUCUCUUUCUCUAUGGGAAAUCGGAAUAUCGUUCCGAAAUUCGUUUCCAUAUGACCAAUCUUAUACCCAACAUAAAAAGUUUCUUCACAGCAGAAUCAUGCCGAGACCGUCCUUUGAAAAAACAAGCUGAUACGCCACAACCGCUGCCAGUCGAGAACCCAUAUAAAAGUGCAUUUUGAUCCAAUCUAUAGACUACCCAAGCAGGGAUAAAAAUGGCAAAAUGACAUUAAAAUACUUCUCCAAUCGACAUCAUUUUAAUAAUGCGAAACAGUCCUAAAAACCGUCUCCCAUAGGAGAUAUUAAAGUGAUUUAAGACAAUGAUAUUAAGAUGCUUACAACUCAAACCGUUUUGUAACGUUAUUUAUAUCGAUUCCACAUUAUUAAAAUUAUAUCCAUUUAAAAGUACUUUAAUGCCAUUCUACCGUCACUAUUCCUGAUGGGAUAUUUAUAUUUAUCUUGUUUUCUUUCAUUUGAUUUUAUUACAUCAUAUACAAUUCAAUAAAUGCUUUCUUGAAUAGUUUUUCUGCUAACUCAAAAAUUUCAGGAUCGAGCUGAGAUUAUACUUUCUGUAAAUUUAAUAGAAAAGGUUUCAAUUCUUAACGAAUGAUACCUAGUGGGAUCUUCUCUUCUCAACCUUUUCCCUUUCUUCGAUAUAGGUUAUGCACAUGCUUGUACACAAUCUUUCCAUUGAAUUAUCGAAAGAAAGUAUUAAAAUGGUUUUAUUUACAUGCCGUGCGUUAAGAUGCCGAUUUCUUAGCUUUCUCACUUGCAGUGAUGGGAUCGAGGAUUUUUAUGAUUAGGGGCGAUCGUUUCUGUCGUCCUUCUUCUGAAUGCACCACUGCUCACUUGCUCCUUUAGGAUCAAGAACUACUAUUAUUAUAUUCUAUUGGUGGUCUAUCGAUCGAUGGAUGAGUUUUAAAUACAUUUCAAAGAGACGAUAUAAUAAUUAAGAAAUUAAAUAUAGUAGAUUAUAGCUAUGUGUUUGUGUUAUAUAAAGCCAGAGUCCUUGAAAUUACUUAUUGAACUGUUAAUCCUGGUUUGUAGUAGUCUACUAGGAAAAGAAAAACUAUGUUUCAUGUCGUUUUCCAUCAACGAGCGGAUAAUAAUGUACGUACUAAUGAGGAAGAGUCCCCGGGUAUCAAUCUCCAUUUCAGUUUAUCUCCAGUUAUUAUUGGAUACCUUUUAUGGUACAUCGUAGUCUCUUAGAAGUUCAGUAUGGGGACGUACCCUUUAUAUCACGUGUUGUACUCACUGAGUUCUACAAUUUCGAUAAAAUUUAAAAUGAUUUUCAAAGCAGAAUCAACAACUAAUUUAUCGUGUGUUACGUCACACUUCCGGAAAACUCUUUUUUUCUGCACGAACAUUUUCGUUCGUCCAUUAGUGACCAAGUCAUUGUAGUAUUACCGUCCAAAACGUUUAUAAUUUCUUGAAUAAUAAAAAAUAUUUUCUUACAUUUUCAAACUUGCUCUACAACGUGACAUAAACGUUUAUUUAGAGUUUUCAAAUACUUCAUGUUUCAAGUGUCGUAUUACGUGGAAAGGGUGUGGGUGGCUGUGGGGUGGGUGUGGGUGUGUGGUGGAUGUGGGAUGGGUGUGUGGUGGGUGGGGUGAGGGUGUGGGUGGAUGUGGAUGGGUGUAGGUGUGGGGUGUACCCAUGUCGCCACUUUUUUAACAACUGCGUCGUAGUUACGCGUAGCUGCGCCGCAAUUUUCCGCAAUUACGGGUCACAGUGCGAUCGCAGUUACGCGUAACUGCGUCGCAAUUCGAUCGCAUUCGAACACAUGGGUAGGAUGUGGGGUGUGGGUAUCAGUUUGUAUGCAGGUUGCUUUUCCUUACACCCACACCCACACCCCACCCAUACUCCAAAGACAUCAAGUCUUGUUAGGUUCGAUCAUUUUUUAAUAGUUUUAUUCGACUGAUAAACAAGGAGAAAACGAGUUAUGCAUUCUAU